UGCAAAUUACUUUGAUCCCUUAAAACUUGCUUACUUGGUCUAAACCAAAGCUAGAUCCCAAUUUUUAGUUUUAUUUUCCCUUUUUUGGCCUCUCUUCUCUCUCUGACUCUCUCCGAGAUUUGGGGUGAAAAAUACAAAGACCCCUUUUAUUUUCUCCUCCUCUCUCAUAAGCUCAUUCUCAUAAGAAGUCUCAACAUUUCCGGGGGGAAAAAAACGGAAUUUUUAUUUUUGGAUUUGGAACACAAGAAAAGUUGAAAACUUUGCAUCUGGGCUCUGUAGAUUGUAGAUUCAGAUCUUGAAAGGUUUCGAUUUCAUAUAUAUCAGCAAUGGGUAUGGAAACAGAGUCACAGUUCCAUGUUUUAGCUGUUGAUGAUAGUCUCUUUGAUCGGAAAAUGAUUGAGAGGUUGCUUCAAAAGUCUUCAUGUCAAGUGACAACAGUUGAUUCAGGCUCUAAAGCUCUCGAAUUUCUUGGGUUGAGAGUAGAUGAUGAAGACCCAAAUGUGCUCUCUACAUCACCCCAUAUUCAUCAGGAGGUUGAAAUUAAUCUUAUAAUUACAGAUUACUGUAUGCCUGGGAUGACUGGUUAUGAUUUGCUCAAGAAAGUUAAGGAAUCAGCGGCAUUUAAAAGCAUUCCUGUAGUGAUAAUGUCUUCUGAGAACGUUCCUGCAAGAAUCUCCAGAUGUCUAGAAGAAGGAGCUGAAGAGUUUUUCUUGAAACCAGUAAAGUUGGCUGAUCUUACCAAGUUGAAACCACAUAUGAUGAAAACCAAAUUGAAGAAAGAAAGUGAAAAACCAGCUAAAGAAGAGGAGAGUGAAGUUUCUAAACCGGAGAUAAAAGAAGAAGAAGAUCCAUCAGUCAUUGAGAUAUUGCCUCUCCAUCAAGAACUUGAAUCCGAAAAACUUGAACCACUGAUGAGUGGUGGUAAUAAGAGGAAAGCAAUGGAAGAAGUGAUAUCCACGGAUCGAUCACGUCCUAAAUACAAUGAUAUCACAACCUCGGUCUGACCCUUUCUGUCUUUCUUUCUCAGUUGUCUGCACAAUUUCAGUGUUUGUUUUUAUAGGUUCUUUUUAGGAAUGCUUCUUCCGGUAAAUACAGGGUUUGCUAUAGAGAAUGAAGAUAAUAUGUAGAUGAUGAUGGUACUAGUUGUCACUUGUUAUUGUUUCAUUAUAUGAAAAUCAGCAAAUUCCCAUUUUUGUUUA